GUGUAAAUGAGCGGUGUUGUUGUCAUCAUCAAGUCUACAGGAAGAGUGGAAUGGAAGCUGAGGACAAACAUUGGGUUAAAACUUUAUUCUCUCCACAUUUUACGGCACAAGAUUUCUUUGAUCUUCCAUUUGAACCUGAAGAGCUAGCCUCAGAAAAAACAGCUAAGGAAAAAGCAAUGGCAGUGGAACAAAUUUAUAAUGCUGCAAUUGUGAAGAGUCAGAAAGCAGAGAGACUGAAAAGAAGGGAGAUGUUGUCGAAGAUGAUCGUGCGAGAUUGUGAUUUAACUUUGUAUGAGAAAAACAUCAAGCAAGUAAAGCCUAAUGCAGGUCAAACUGAAACAUGCACUUGUGCAAAAAUGUCAAAUGUGAGACCUUCCAGUGUUGUUGAAAGUAGUGAUCAGUGUAUUUGGAUAGGAAAGGAAUUAAAUGUUCUGCGGCACCAAAUGAACAAACAACAUAUGAAUGAGGCUAGUUUAAAACUUCAUUUAAAUGCCUGUGAACGGGAAAUAUCUGAGCUUAAAGUUAAAUACAGUGUGGCUGAAAGAGAGCUGGAAGCUGUGAAAACGGCACUCGCCAUAUCUAAAAAACAAACUGCUUGUAAACAAAUCCAUUUAAGUCAAGUGGAAAAAGACUUGAGGAAAAAAGAUGCUGUUUUUCAGGAUUUGAGAAGAGAACUGCAAGGAAAAUGCAUGAAAUUGAGUGCUGUUAAUAAGCAUUUAAUCAAGGUCCAAGAAGAAAACCAGGAUUUACAGCUAAAGAACAAAGAUUUAGAAGCUGAGAUAAAAAAGUUAAAACAGCAACAGGAGAUUAAAAAUGCAGAAUUUGCCGAAAAAAUAAAGUUAAAUUGUAAUAUAGAAAAAAAUAAAUUGCUUAGAGAAAUUGAGACUGUUAGAGAAGAGCUGAUCAAUGAAAAAAAGCAGCAUGCUAGAGAUGUUACAGCAUUGGAAUCACUAAGAAAACACUUUUCUUCAUUAUCAAUGAAUAGUAGUCCUAAUAUUGUACAACUUAACAUUGCUCCUCACUAAAUACUGAGAGCCAAAGAGAUCCAAUACAUGCUUUUAUUUUAUAUAGUUUAUCAACAUUACAUUAAAGCUUAAUAAUUAGAUUGUAAUUUCUGAUUUACUUAUUAAAUACAACUUUUACAAUUUAAAGAGACAAGA